CUAACCCCUUUCGUGAAAGUAAAACUAAUGAUCUAACUAUUGUGUGGUAAUUUUUAGCGUUGGUGUUUUGGUGGCAAUAAUACCGAAUUACAAAACAGCAACGGUCACUGAAAUGUCUAUAAAUGAUCAAUUUAUGUACACUGAAGUCAUGAAAGGGGUUAGUUAGAAUGUGUAUUGCAGAGUUGCAUUUUAAAGUAUUGCAAUAUCAUGCCCGUUCUGUCAGAAUUCAAUUUCAUUGUGUCUAACUCAUCCUUUCUGCCGUACUGGACAACUGUAAACUGACUAUUAUUAUUAUUAUUAUUAUUAUUAUUAUUAUUAUUAUUAUCUGGGACGAAUUGCACCCAUUGCUUUCCUGAUCAUCAUGUAAAUCCUAGAACACUUCGCUGCUGAUUUAGACAGCUCUUCUUCCUUGAUGACUUUACUCCUAUAAGAAACUGUCCACAUGUCCCCUCGCCCCCUCCAGCAUUGAAUGCAACCCUGUCAUGUGACCCGUUCCCGUGGUAACAGCUUCAGUGACGUAUGAAGUGGAGCCUGCAGUUAUAUCAUCGAUGCAGGAUCGGCGCGGGGGUGUCAGGCUCUUUGUUUAUUAAAUGAACAGGCAAGACGGCAUCAACAAGACCGAGUCCAUUUAAAAUAUAACAAUUAAACUAAAAAGGGGCCGGGAUAUCAAUCGAAAUUAAGCUAUUAAACAGAAUCCCGUGUGCUGCCAUGGACAGUGUGGAGAUGGAAUCUGUCCAGAUUAAAGAGGAGUUCCCUGAACCUGAACCUGUCCCCAGAGAGGAGUUCUCUGGGCUGGCUUCCCUCCCCAUUAAACAGGAGCUCUGUGAGAUGCAAUGUGACUGCUGUCUGAUGGAGGUCUCUGAGAUUAAAGCUGAGCACAAUGAACUGGAGAUUCCCCAGACAAAAGAACCCCUUCCUGUUAAACAAGAAGAGGUGCUGGAAACUGAUCGUAUUAAACAGGAGCCCCCUGAAGUAGAGUUUGACCACAUGGAACCAGGGAAGGAAGAAUCCGAGGACUUCAAACCAAACAUCCCUGAGCUGGAGCCUGUACGCCUGCGGGAGUGUAGCGUGGUGCUGAAGAGAAUCUGCGUGAGAGAGCAAGGCGCUGGAGAGGAAGGCUCUCCCAACAGCCCGCAAGGAGGUGGAAAGGAAGACGGGCGCUCCCAUUCAGAAUGCAGUCUAGCAGGUUCCAGUCCAGCAGCUAAAACGAGAGCGGGUGGUGGAGAAUAUCCUGACUGUGGGAAAGGUUUCACCCAGUUAGGAAACCUGAAAACACACCAGCGAACUCACACAGGAGAGAAACCGUAUCGCUGCUGUGACUGUGGGAAGAGUUUCAGUCACUCAAGAAACCUGAAGACACACCAGCGAACUCACACAGGAGAGAAACCAUAUUGCUGCUCUGACUGUGGGAAGAGUUUCAGUCAGUUAGGAGACAUGGAAAAUCACAAGCGAAUUCACACAGGAGAGAAACCGUAUCGCUGCUCUGACUGUGGGAAGAGUUUCAGUCAGUCCGGACACCUUGUUUUACAUCAGCGAACUCACACAGGAGAGAAACCGUAUCGCUGCUCAGACUGUGGGAAGAGUUUCAGUCAGUCCGGACACCUUGUUUUACACCAGCGAACUCACACAGGAGAGAAACCGUAUCGCUGCUCAGACUGUGGGAAGAGUUUCAGUCAGUUAGGAGACAUGAAAAAUCACAAGCGAAUUCACACAGGAGAGAAACCGUAUCGCUGCUCAGACUGUGGGAAGAGUUUCACUCAGUCCGGACACCUUGUUUUACACCAGCGAACUCACACAGGAGAGAAACCAUAUUGCUGCUCUGACUGUGGGAAGAGUUUCAAUCAACCAGGAACCUUGCAAGCACACCUGCGAAUUCACACAGGACAGAAACCGUAUCGCUGCUCUGACUGUGGGAAGAGUUUCAAUGUUUCAGGACACUUAAGAAAACACCAGAGAAUUCACACAGGAGAGAAACCGUAUCGCUGCUCAGACUGUGGGAAGAGUUUCAGUCAGUCCGGACACCUUGUUUUACACCAGCGAACUCACACAGGAGAGAAACCGUAUCGCUGCUCAGACUGUGGGAAGAGUUUCAGUCAGUUAGGAGACAUGAAAAAUCACAAGCGAAUUCACACAGGAGAGAAACCGUAUCGCUGCUCUGACUGUGGGAAGAGUUUCAGUCACUCGGGAAACCUGAAGACACACCUGCGAAUUCACACAGGACAGAAACCGUAUCGCUGCUCUGACUGUGGGAAGAGUUUCAAUGUUUCAGGACACUUAAGAAAACACCAGAGAAUUCACACAGGAGAGAAACCGUAUCGCUGCUCUGACUGUGGGAAGAGUUUCAGUCAGUCCGGACACCUUGUUUUACACCAGCGAACUCACACAAGAGAGAAACUUUAAAUGGGAUGAUUCACUCAUGAGGGAAAAAAACGUUAUCCUUGCAUUAUGAAUCCCUGUGUAAUUGCUGUUUUGUGUAUCACUCUUAAGAGCAUGCAGUUUAAAUGGUAAAAAUGCUGUUCAGCUCUCUUGCACUCUGAUUGUGUCAGAAAGUGGGCGGAGACGCGGACACGUCACAAGAGGCUUCUCUGCUGUCAGUUUAACUCAGGCUGUCAAUGCAGUCAGUGCCUGGGAGCGGGAAUAUGCAGAAAGGAAACUAUUCUGCACCUCAUCUGAUGGACGAGUCAGGAGAAAUUGAUAACUCAGUGUGGGGAAUGAGUUUCAAGGUUUAGCAUUUAAACUGCAUAGACUUGAAAAUAAAUACAUUGAUGGGAACGAGUAUCCCGACCCCGGUAUGUAGCAUCCCAGAGACAAGACCGCACCGUCCUUACUGGACAACCGCCUGGAGGGUUUGUCUUGUAAAUUCAUCAUGUUUCUAGAACAAAUGAGAAAUGAUAGUGUCCCAUGGCUGCUUUGACAUGAAUGGCUGAAUACUGCGUGACGUGUAGCUUUGCGAUGUGCAUUGUCCAUGCUUGUAUUUGUGCUGCUCUUGUAAACUGACCUGAGCAAUAGCAGUGUUGCAAGCUUGUGUACAGAUCUUAGGUACAGAAAGUCUGACCGGUUUUAUCCCUGGCUCUGUCUUGCUCUUUUGCAGUAGUUUACACUCAGUGGCAGAUUACAAAUUAGACUGUAGCAUAGCUACGACUAUUGAUGAAUUAAGCUUGUGGGACAUCUUCCUUGAAUAUGAUAUUAAUACCUGAAUGUGUAUUAAAAAUGAAACUGGACUUUAUGAAACUGCUGUGCCUGAAGAAAAGACUAUAAAUAUUGAAGCAAAACUACACAUUUUGCACUCCACAUCGAAUGCUAACCAAGUAGCUGUCAGUCUGCCAAGCGAAGCUGCAACUCCGGGACUCUGCCUAAAAACGGACCCAAGAAAAGUAAGCAAGCUGCAAGCGAGUAAACAACCACAAGUGAAGAGACUGAGGCCCAGCUGGAGGACUGCCGUAAAACUUAGAGACUUCUAUCAGACAAACAAGUCUGGGUCUUCUGUAUUUCUAAGCCACAGUAUCCAACAGAAGCUAAAGAAACUGUGCCCUGCUACCUGCUUAGCUAAAGAUUCAGUGAAGAGGACAGAGCGGACAGGAGCUGUUGUGGAUCCUAUCCAACGAUUGAAGACUUUGUUGCAGCUGUUUGAUUCUAUCAAGAGUUGAAAGCUUUGUUGCCGAGUUUGAUCUGAUUUGGGGAUUGAAGACUUUGUUGCUGAGAGGAGAGCUUUUUGUACUGGACACUUCAACAGAUUGAGUUUCCAAACCAGCCGACCAAAAGUCUAAGCUUCAAGAAAGCGUUCAGUAUUCCAGUUGCAUUUUCCUUUCAUGGAACUAAAUUAAUUAAUUGUAACACAUUCACAUAGAGUUGGACGGUUAAUUAUUUAGUUUGUACACUUUGCGUGUGAAAUAACUUUUAAUGAAACUUGAUGAAAUAACUAUAAGUAAUCCUACCUAAUGGUUAAAAGUAAACUUGCUAUAUCCUAUAUACCAUUAAUAAGCUUAGUGUGAUAUAUUCUAAAUUUGUCUGUAUCAUUUCAGUUUAGGCUGUGUGUGUGUGGGCAUGUAUGUGUUAGGAAGCUACUAGCUGCUUCAUCGCCUGCUUGUGCUGUUCAGGAGCUGUUGCCUUGUGUGUGAGGAUAUAGGCAGUGUCAUAUUUCAAUAGCCCUGCUAGGUGUCUGGAAGGCAGAGUUAAAGCUGUCACUGGUGUUUUGUGCUUAGAAACUAAGGGGCUUACUUAUUAAUUUCUUAGCAGGCGCCCUUAGAAUUGUUACAAGAUAUCACAUUAUUUUUUACAUACAAUUACCCAUUUAUACAGUUGGGUUUUUACUGGAGCAGUCCAGGUAAAGUACCUUGCUCAAGGGUACAGCAGCAGUGUCCCCCACCUGGGAUUGAACCCACGACCCUCCGGUCAAGAGUCCAGAGACCUAACCCCACACUGCUGCCCAUACUUUCCGACUUUUCUGAUUUCUGUUUAAUAUUUGUGUACUUAAUAAAAUACUACUAUUGAUUUAAACAUUCCU